GGUUGAACAUAUGGCUGCAAAACCUGUGGACAUGAAGCACCAACUGUGCAUAUGGAAAUUUAUACAAGUCAGAACAAGUUUAAGAAAACGGUAAGGCAGUAAUCAUGAACACCAAAGAUUUUAUAGUUCUUCCGUGGGGAAAACCUGGAAAUUCCAUAAAGCUAAAAUAUAAAAAUGCUCGAGAAUUGCGAAUGGAGAAAGUGAGGCUGGAGCUGGAGACCCAGGAGAUGGCCCAGAAGCUGCAGGAAUUCCGGUCCACGCAGAGCAAAGAGAAGGAAGAGAAAGGGUCAAGUGGCUAUCACUGGAAAUCUGGAAAAGUGAGUAAAUUGGGUAAUCACUCACACGUGAUGUCUCAAAGCAAAGGAAGUGUUAUUAAGCUUUCUGCUGGAAAAGUGAAAUUAAAAUUGCUGAAGGAGCAGAUUCAAGAGCCAGUGAAACAACCAGUUAAUAAUAAAAUGGCAAAUUCUUUUGGAAGUGAAAAAGCCAAGACGAAAGGGCAGUUCUGUGGACAGUGUGAGAAGAAGGCUGCCCUGCUGGUGUGCCUUGAAUGUGGAGAGGAUUACUGUUCCGGAUGUUUUGCUAAAAGCCACCAGAAGGGGGCGCUAAGGCUCCACAGAACGACUCUCCUGCAGGCAAAAUCUCAAAUAUUGUCCAGCGUUUUGGACGCUGCCCAUCGGUUUAUAAAGGAAGCGCAUUCACAGGAGCCCCAAAGGGAGACUAAUUCUACUAAUUCUACAAAAGAAGCAGGCGAUGGUCAGCAUGAACCCAGGUCUCAGCCUCUGCAGGGGAGCAGCUCUGAGGUAGAAAUUACAACAAACGAAGCAGAAUGUACAAAACCAAGGGAGAGGCUCCUGGGGGAAGGGUCAUUCGAUGAAGAAGGUUCUGCCCGGUCCUUUCAGGAGGUGUUAAGUCAGUGGAGGACUGGCCAUCACCUCGCCAAGGAGAAACAGAGCAGACUCGCAGCCAAAGCAGAUUCGUUGGAAGAAUGUGAAGUACAGACUAAUCUGAAAAUGUGGAGUGAACCAAUUACUAUUGAAUUUAAAGAAGAUAGUCUGUCCUAUAUGGAAAAAUUAUGGCUUAAGAAACACAGGAGGACUCCAGAAGAGCAGCUCCUGAAUGUGCUGCCCAACAUGGUUAUACAGCCGCGUGAAACCACCACCAGUGAGAAACAGAUUCCGCAAAGGGAAAAUAAGGAGGAGGAUAGUGACGUUGAAGAAACCGAAGUACAACAGCUGAAUCUUUUUCUGCCAGUUGAAGACUUAAACACAGAGAGACCUGAACCAUCUCUAAAGAUAGUCGAGCUGGAUGAUACAUAUGAAGAGGAAUUUGAAGAAUCUGGAAACACUGCGCCUUACAAAGUGGAAUUAGCUGAGGCAGACCGUCAACAAAGUUACGCAUUUCAUGAUUAUCAGAAGAACGGUUUGCCAUACGAACUUCACACCCAUCAACUUCGUAUUUUCAACAAGGGGAAAACAGAGCUCUUACAUCUUUGUUUGAGAAACAGCUCUACCUCCUGUAAAAAUAAUUCAAAAGGUAGAACUUCAAACACAGAUUUUGACAGCCUUGUAGAUCUUGAUGUUUAUUCUUCUGACAGUGAAAAAUCUGGGGAAAUCCAUGUAUUUGAAAGAAAAUUAAAAGAGAAAAGAGUAGAUAUAAAAAGUAAUCAAGAGUCUGAUGGUUCCUGUGUAUCACCUGAGAACAAAGAUUAUUUGCCAAGUGUAGAUUUAGAAAAACGUUUCAUUGAGGAGGAAUUGUCUCAAGACAUUAAACGGUCCUUGGAAUUUAACAAUCUGAAUGGGAGACCAUAUGAUGAUGAUUCCAAAAUCACACCGUCACUACUGUUGUUACAAGACAUAGCCCUCCGAAGUCAACCUACAGCUGAACAGUAUCAAGGACUUCAGGGAUUCUUUAUUUUUGAUAAAAACGAAAGAGUCAACUUACUUCCUUCUCAUAGUUUAGAAUGCAGUUGUCCCAAUACUAGGAUUACAUUGGCAGAGGACAGAGAAUGGAUCCCAGACGAUAGCUUAAGUGCAAAUGCUGACAAUGCCAUCGUCUUGGGGGUUCUGCAAAGUACCCAGAAUCCAACAUCAGAUGGAGAACAGCUCGUGCUGGGCCAGAAACCAUGGAGACCUUCAACAGUGAAUUUACCACUUUUGAGCUCUGUUAAAAGAAGCUCCAGCUGCCUUUCAUCCUCUCAUCUCAGAUCAAGGAGUGCAGCCGCUCGGUCGCUAUCUAGAGCUGCUUCUGAAAUUUCAGAAAUUGAAUAUAUUGAUAGAAAUGACCAGUAUGAGCUUUUCUUAGAUGACACUGCUGAUCAACAAACCUUAGACAGUUUGGAAAAAGAAUUAAAUGGGCUGAGUAACCUUUCAGAUCCUUCAGAAAAAAUUUACAGCCUAACCUCAGAAGAGCUACCAGCUUUCGGGGACCAUUCAGCAGAUGUAAGUCAGAUGUCCACAGCUCUCCUUGAGACUUCAGAAGCAAGGGUGCCAUGUGGAGUGGAGGAAUUGAGCUCUUCAGGAAGAAAUACUGAAAUUCAGUCUUUGUUCUCCUUUUGUGAGAGCAGUACGGAUGAAGAGGAAGAAGAAUUUCUUGACAAGCACCAUGUCAUCAUGCUACCUUGGUCAAAGAGUACCUCAUGA